CAUCUCUAGGUUCCAGAUUCUCCCUGUUCCUGCUACCUCAUCAUCGUCUUCAGUGAAUCAAUGGCAACUACUGUACUGAGCUAUUGCUAUUCUCCUUCGUCUUCGUCUUCAUCUUCAUCUUCUUUUCCUCAAUAUACCAAUAACUGUAAGUAUGAGUCGUUGAAAUUCAAGCCCAGCGUCAACUCCACCUUCCUCUCCGUUUCCAUCACCAGAAAACUGCGCAGAAAACCAUUCGUAGUAAGGUCAGUAGCUGCUCCGACAGAUGCCGCUACUGGGUUUGAUGAAAUGGUCUCUGGGACACAGCGGAAGUACUAUAUGCUUGGUGGAAAAGGAGGAGUCGGUAAAACAAGCUGUGCUGCUUCACUUGCUGUAAAAUUUGCCAACAGUGGUCACCCAACUCUUGUGGUUUCAACUGAUCCUGCACAUUCGUUGAGUGAUUCUUUUGCACAGGAUUUGGCUGGGGGGACGCUUGUACCAGUGGAAGGACCACUCUCUCCAUUAUUUGCCCUCGAGUUAAACCCUGAAAAGGCCAAAGACGAAUUUCGUAGUGCAGCCCAGAAGAGUGGGGGAUCAGGGAUCAAAGACUUCAUGGAUGGCAUGGGCCUUGGGGUGCUUGCAGAUCAGCUUGGUGAAUUAAAGCUUGGAGAGUUGCUGGAUACACCACCUCCUGGCCUAGAUGAAGCCAUUGCAAUUUCAAAGGUUAUGCAAUUCCUGGAAUCACAAGAGUACAAUAUGUUCACCCGUAUAGUGUUUGACACUGCCCCCACGGGUCAUACUCUACGGCUCCUAUCAUUGCCAGACUUCUUGGAUGCAUCAAUAGGAAAGAUAUUAAAGUUGAGGCAGAAGAUAACGUCAGCUACUUCAGCAAUAAAAUCUGUCUUUGGCCAGGAACAAGCCCCAAAACUAGAUGCUGCCGAUAAAUUGGAGCGAUUACGGGAAAGGAUGAUAAAAGUAAGGGAACUUUUUCGUGACACAAGUUCAACGGAAUUUGUCAUUGUAACAAUUCCCACGGUGAUGGCAAUUAGUGAAUCAUCAAGGUUAUGUGCUUCCUUGAAGAAGGAAGAUGUUCCUGUUAAGCGGCUCAUUGCUAACCAGGUUCUUCCUCCGUCUGUUUCAGACUGCAAGUUCUGCGCAAUGAAAAGGAAGGAUCAAGCACGUGCUCUCGAUAUGAUUCGGAGUGAUCCAGAACUUUGUAGUCUGAUGUUGGUCCAGGCACCCCUUGUUGACGUAGAAAUCAGAGGCGUUCCAGCUCUUCAAUUUUUAGGAGAUAUUGUCUGGAAAUGAAUAUCGCCCUACGCAAUCCAGCGUUGCGUUGUGAGCAGUGGACAUUGCACCUCCGCUAUAGCGAUUAUUUAUUCAAAUUUUGCUGCAGAGAUGGUGAUUGUUGCAUCUAGCAUUUUACAGAUUGCUGGGAAAACUGCACAGGAUGGAGUUUCAGUGAGGAAGAUGAUGUGCUAUCUUUUUCCUGGGCCAUGCCUUGAAACAAACUUCUCUUUUCAGACUUCAAGAAUGAAAGAUGAAUGUAUAUAGUGUUCUGUUACUGAAAAUCUCCGAGUCAUAUACUAGUUUUUGUACUUUACAAAUUCAUUCCUGUCUAUGUCGAUGUAUAAUAGGGAUUUUCUAAUCUAAAUUUAAAAAACUUAUAAUACUAAAUCCAGUUUAGUACUUUUUAUUUA